AUCAUGUUUAAAAGCAGUGUGAGGCAGUGAUGUCUUUUCAAACUGCUCCCUAAUCUGUCAGGAGAAGGACAAGAGAAUUGUGACAGGGAUGCUGCCGCUGGACACCUUCACCAUCGGCCCCAUGGUGGUGGACACGGUUCACGGGGUCACCGUUUUUCUGCUUCUUCUUCUUCUCCUGCUGCUGCUCUUUUCUGCCUGGAGCAGAAACCCAUCACACAUACCAGGUCCUUCUUUCCUUGCAGGACUCGGCCCUAUUCUCUCCUACUCCAGGUUCAUCUGGACCGGGAUUGGAACGGCGAGCAACUACUACAACAACAAAUAUGGCAGCAUUGUGCGGGUGUGGAUCAAAGGCGAGGAGACCCUCAUUCUAAGCAGGUCGUCAGCAGUGUAUCACAUUAUGAGGAGUCCCCACUACACUGCCAGGUUUGGGAGCAAGAAAGGGCUUCAGUGCAUCGGGAUGGAAGGGAGGGGCAUCAUUUUCAACAGUGAUGUCUCACUCUGGAAAAAAGUGAGGACCUACUUCUCUAAAGCCCUGACAGGCCCCACCCUCCAGGGGACAGUGGCGAUCUGUGUGAGCUCCACUGCCAAACACCUGGACGGCCUGCGGGAGAUGACUGACUCCUCCGGCCAUGUGGACGCUCUCAAUCUGCUCAGAGCCAUAGUGGUGGACAUCUCCAACAGGAUUUUCCUCAGGGUGCCAUUAAAUGAGAAGGAGUUGCUGAUUAAAAUCCAAAACUACUUUGAGACCUGGCAGACGGUUCUAAUAAAGCCUGAUAUAUUCUUCCAGAUUGGAUGGCUCUACAAUAAGCACAAGAGAGCGGCUAAAGAGCUGCAGGAUGUGAUGGAAAGCCUCCUUGAAAUGAAAAGACAGAUUAUUAAUGAAACUGAGAAGUUGGAUGAGGAUCUUGACUUUGCAACGGAGCUCAUCUUGGCACAGAACCACGGUGAGCUCUCAGCAGAUAACGUCAGGCAGUGUGUGUUAGAGAUGGUGAUCGCAGGACCCGACACACUUUCCAUCAGCCUCUUCUUCAUGCUGAUGCUGCUGAAACAAAACCCAGAGGUGGAGCUGAGGAUAGUGGAGGAGAUGAACACUGUCUCCAAUGAAAAAGGUGCUGAAAACCUUCACAGUCAAAGCUUGAAUGUGCUGGAGAAUUUCAUCAACGAGUCUCUGAGGUUUCAUCCUGUGGUUGAUUUCACCAUGAGAAAAGCUCUAGAGGAUGACGUCAUUGAAGGCACUAAAAUCAGGAAGGGAACCAACAUCAUUCUCAACGUGGGUCUCAUGCAUAAGACUGAAUUCUUCCCAAAACCCAAAGAGUUCAGUCUGUUGAACUUUGACAAAACUGUGCCCAGUCGUUUCUUUCAGCCCUUCGGCUGCGGGCCUCGCUCCUGUGUGGGAAAACACAUCUCCAUGGUGAUGAUGAAGGCCAUCCUUGUCACCCUGUUGUCUCGAUACACAGUGUGUCCUCGUCAAGGCUGCACCCUCAGCAGCAUCAGGCAGACCAACAACCUAUCACAGCAGCCGGUGGAGGACGAGCACAACCUGGUCAUGCACUUCAUCCCUCGGACCAAGCCCCACAGUCAGAUCUGAACAAAGUGAGGCUGCACACUUUGGAUGACGACUAUAGUGAAGGAGUUAGGCCUGCUGAGCUGUCAAUGCAUUCCUAAACACCAGUCCUAUGUAUUUCUAUAUGUUCUUAGAUUACUAUAUUUGUGAGUCACACAAUCUACUUUGAUCUAACUGAGCUGAAUCUGUAUGGAAAAGUAGGUUGUGCUAAAGAGACACAUAAUCAACAGAGGUACAAAGUUAAAAAUAUAAUUUUUUAACAUGUGAAAAUGUUGUUUUUAUAUUUUGUGUAAGCUUUAAGUUACGAUAAUCAAAUAAAUACUAAAGUUAAAUACCUGUUCUCUCGUAGCAAAUAUUAAUGUAUGAGAGAAAAGAAUGUAAGAAAAUAUUUGCACUUUUAAUAAUAUCCUUCUUUUCCUCAAGUUCAGCAUAUUAAAGUCUGUACUGGAUAAACAAUCAUGGACUCAAAGUCGAGUA